AUGAGCGAUGGGGAUUCUGAGCGCAGACCCCGACGGGACGGGAAAAUGGAGACACGAAUCAGAGACGUGGAGACACCGAGAGACCCGCGGAAGAGAGACAUGAGGACCCACAAACAGGGACAGACAGAACGGGGAGGACAGACGGACAGCGGUGAGGAGGGGCCAGAGCUGGGCAGAGAAGCAGGAGGGGACCAGAAGGCGGGCUGGAGGUGUGAUAAGGAGCCGGCGACCGGGGACGCUGAUUGGCUGACGUUCGGCUGGUGGGCGGGGCGCGAGGGUGGGCUGGGGGGAGGGCCGGCCCGACCCCCAAGUCCAGUUGGGCGCUCCAGCUCGCCUCCCUGCAGCAAGCUGCUCGGCCUCUCUGCCCAGGUGCGCUCCGGGUCACCCUCGGUCACUGCGGGCUGGCUCUCCGGGGGGACCGGAAGGAGGUCUAUGCCCGUGUCCCGGGAAGGGACUGGGGGGAUCUGUGUCUCUGUCCCAGUCUCUGGCUCCUUUCCCUGCCCCCAAGUCCAGCUCGGGCUCCUGGGGCCGGGGGAGGGGACAGGUUCUGGCCUGUGCCUCCCCCCUCAUGCCCCGCCCCGGGGCCCAGAUUCCGGCGUCUGGGGGCGGACGGGAGACGCCCGGCCCGUCUACCCGCCCCGGGCCGCGUCUGCUCCGACGGGCGGGGCUGCCAGAGCGGAGAGGGUGAGGGAAGCCCGCCCGGCCUGGGACCUGCCUCGGGCGCUCCACCCUGGGACGCAAGCCCUCAUCCUCCCUCCUCAGAUCCGGGAGCCCUGGGGCUCGGCUCUUCCUCCCUCAGACCCAGGAUUCGGGGCUCUCAGCCCCUUCUCCUUCGGACUCAGGAGUGUUUGCCGCUUGGUCCUGGUCGUGCUGAGCCUGUGGCCAGACUACGUUUUUGCCCCUGGGCCACCUCCUGGACCCCAACGAACCUCCCCAGACCCUCGAGCUGAGCUGGACAGCGCUGUCCUCCUGACCCGAGCCCUUCUGGCGGAUACCCGGCAGCUGGUUGCACAGCUGAAAGACAAGUUCCCAGCCGACGGGGAUCACAGUCUGGACUCCUUACCUACAUUAGCCAUGAGCGCCGGGGCACUGGGAGCCCUACAGCUCCCAGGCGUACUGACACGGCUCCGGACAGAUUUGCUGUCCUACCUUCGGCAUGUACAGUGGCUACGCCGGGCAGGUGGACCUUCCCUUCGGACCCUGGAGCCUGAGCUGGGGGCCCUGCAGGCCCGACUGGACAGACUCCUGCGUCGGCUGCAGCUCCUGAUGUCUCGCUUGGCCCUGCCCCAGGCAUCCCCAGCGCCCCCGCUACCCCCCCUGGCCCCUCCUGCCUCAGCCUGGGGAGGCAUCCGGGCGGCACAUGCUAUCUUGGGGGGUCUGCACCUCACGCUUGACUGGGCCGUCAGGGGGCUGCUGGUUCUGAGGACUCGGCUGUAA